UAGAAGACUGUGGAACAAACUACUUUUCUCAUUCAAUGCCAUUGUGAAGUAACAAUAUAGUGACCCCACCCUGCACAUCUUGGUUCUUGAAUGGUUGUCAAAUUUUUUUUGAUGAAUAUGAAUGGUUAUCAAUUCCUUACCCUGGUUACUUGAUGUGGCUGAUCUCCGAUCAACGGAUCACCUGUUAGUAUUAGGAUCCUAUCAUUGACAAACACAACUAUACCUUUGUCCAUAUUUUUGUCUCCCUUUUCUUUUCUGUUCUUUUUGUUUUCACUUCAGAAAAGGUGAAACGGCUCUGAUUUCUACUUCUGCGAAUAGUGUUGGUUUGAUCGUUUCUCAGAAACAAUUUUUACAUACAAAGACUACAAAUAACUCAUGGUUAAGUUUCAGUUACGCUAAAAGAAAGAAUUCAAUUACUGUUAAAUCAAAUUCCAUAAAGUCUGAGAUUGAUUUUGGUGAUCCACAUUGGAAACAAAAGUUUCAAGAAGAUUUUGAAAAUAGGUUCAGUUUGCCACAUUUGAAUGAUGUGUUCGAUAUAAAGCCAAUUCCAACAACAUUUUCUCUUCAGAAAAGGAGCUCUCAAAAUGGCUAUGUAAAUGAUGAUGAUAGGGCACUUCUAAAGGUGGGCAUAUGUACAUGUAUAAACUAAUAGAUCGAGCAAUUUUUUAAUACACAAACUCAGGUUAUCAAAUAUUCAUCACCAUCUUCUGCUGGAGCGGAGUGUAUUGACCCCUAUUGCAGCUGGGUGGAGCAAUGGGUGCAUCGUGCGGGACCGCGGAUGCAGAUAUAUUUUGAACCUGAGAAAGUAAAAGCUGGAAUUGUUACAUGUGGGGGCCUGUGUCCUGGUCUCAAUGAUGUCAUAAGACAGAUAGCGCUUACCCUUGAAGUGUAUGGGGUUCGGAAGAUUUUUGGGAUUCAGUAUGGUUACCGUGGAUUUUUUGAAGACUCUUUACCUGAAAUUCCUCUCUCUCGCCAAGUUGUCCAAAACAUUAAUCUAAAUGGUGGAAGUUUGCUGGGAGUUUCCCGUGGAGGUGCUAAUAUCAGUGAAAUUGUAGAUAGCAUACAGGCCAGGGGAAUCAAUAUGCUUUUUAUACUCGGCGGGGAUGGGACACAUGCAGGAGCAAAUGCAAUUCAUAACGAGUGUCGCAAGAGAAAACUGAAAGUAUCUGUGGUAGGUGUUCCCAAAACAAUUGAUAACGAUAUACUUUUGAUGGACAAGACGUUUGGAUUUGAUACUGCUGUUGAAGAAGCUCAGCGAGCUAUAAAUUCUGCAUAUAUUGAGGCACGUAGUGCUUAUCAUGGUAUUGGCCUGGUAAAACUAAUGGGAAGAAGCAGUGGUUUUAUAGCUAUGCAGGCUUCACUUUCAAGUGGACAGAUUGAUGUCUGUUUGAUUCCUGAGGUGCCCUUUAAAUUAGGUGGACCUUAUGGUGUCUUGCGCCAUUUAGAGCAUCUAAUAAAGACAAAAGGAUCUGCUGUUGUUUGCGUAGCUGAAGGAGCAGGGCAGGAUUUGUUAGAAAAGUCAGAUGCAAGAGAUGCAUCUGGGAAUCCGAUACUUAGAGAUAUUGGAGUUCACAUCCAGCAGCAGAUCAGGAAACAUUUUAAAGAGAUAGAUGUUCAUGCUGAUAUUAAAUACAUCGAUCCCACUUAUAUGAUCCGUGCAUGUCGUGCCAAUGCCUCCGAUGCUAUCCUCUGAACUGUACUUGGCCAGAAUGCUGUACAUGGUGCUUUUGCUGGUUACAGUGGUAUUACAGUGGGAAUAUGCAACAGCCACUACGUGUACUUGCCCAUUCCAGAAGUCAUUAGCUCAACCAGGCGUGUUGACCCCGACAGCCGAAUGUGGCAUAGGUGUUUGACAUCUACAGGCCAACCGGACUUCCUCUAACUGCAUCGAUAAUAUUCCUUUGUCCCAAAUUUCCAUUAUGCAACAGAUAGCUUUAGAUAAGGGCGGAGGAAAGAUUAAGCCACUACAACGUGGACCUCUGUACCGGUGGACGGGCAACCCUUUGGGUCUACUUCUCAUUCCACUCUCAUACGGGCCUAGCUUUGAUACCAUGUUAGAAGUUCUUAGAAGUUAACACACCACAGAAUUACUGCUUAUGAGACACAGUAAAACGCAGUACGGGGUGUUUUUGUAAUCCAUCAGAUGUAGGUGUGGAGUGUUAGAGGCCUAUUCAUUUUUCUGUUGUUUGUGUUCUUUUUUUUUAGUACGCAUAGGUGUAUUUGAGUUCUGCUGCAGUCUGGAAAUAAACAGUCCAUUACACGUUAGAUUGAGAAAGCUUUCAUUAAGGGGCACUUUGUAACUAAGACUGCAAUUUAGAGAUUAGAUUAUGAUAAUCUGAUUGUUAAAAUUGACUCA